AGGAUUUGCUGCCAUCUAGUGGUUAAAAGGGUAAUAUUUCAGUCGUUGGAAUAAACAAGUUUCAGGCGUCAUAGACAAAGGACUUACUUAAGAGGAUCUUCAGUCGAAUAUGAACGACUAUGGAGUGUCUGUGCAGCAGCUCAAUGACCUUUUGUCAGACGAAAAUGGCCACUUCAGCAUGCCAUCUAAAGAUUUCAAUGAAGUCUGUCCCAGGAUUCUGCUUGGAAAUGAGUCUGUGGCCACAAAUGUGAAACUCUUGCAGCAACUGAAAGUGACCCACAUUCUUAAUGUUGCUGAAGGAGACUCAUACAUGCAUGUGAAUACAGGGGCAGAAUAUUAUGUGGGUACGGGCAUUAUCUACCAUGGUAUACCAGCCAAUGACGUGGAAUAUUUUGAUCUUAGUGUAUACUUUAAAGAGGGUGCAGACUUCAUAGCACAGGCCUUGGAAUCUAAAGGAGACAGAGGCAAGGUGUAUGUGCAUUGCCAGAAGGGGUACAGUCGUUCAGCAGCAGUUGUCAUCGCUUACCUGAUGUUGAGACACAAGCUGGAUGUACGAGCCGCUUUAGCUACAGUGAGAGAGAAAAGAGAGAUCGGGCCUAAUGAUGGUUUUCUGUACCAGCUCUGUCAGCUCAAUGACACACUCUAAAAGGAUGGCAAGUUAUAAAGCAGAGAAGGUCAAACAUUUUCAAGGAGAUCAGGACCCACAACACUUCUGGCUUUCAGAACCUCUGAAGAGAAAAGGGAGCAACAAGUGUCCUACGUGACAUGAUUGUACUGAGCUUUUCACAAUGAUUAACACUCUAAAAGCCUUGCAUGUAACAGUCCAAGUUUCUCAUUGAAGAAAAGACAGCAAAACACAUUUCAUUGUUUUUUGUUAAAGAAAAAGGAGCGGAAAAAAAUUGCAAAGACCUUUUUUAUCAGGUCCUCAUUAUAUUGUAUUUAUGUCUUAGUGCUCAGGAGAACAGGGUUUUUGUACAGUAAGUGGAGGAUAACUGUGUCACGUCAAUAACACUUGCCAUCUAGCAUGGAAUCAUCAUGAAGAACUAUGAUAUGACGAUGCUUAGAAGUUAGGAGCAGUUUUAUUAAUGUGCGAAUUAUAGCGACCACUGGGUUGAAUUUAGAGAAAACCUCUUGGAAUCUAAUGGACGUCGGUUAAGAUGUGAAACCUUUAUGCACCUAAAGAUUUCUUUUUCUUUUUUUUGGGGUUAUCUUAUUUUUUUUUUUUAUUUCUAUUUUAAGUAUUAUAUAUUAAUCUUAAUUGUAUUUAAUCUAUCUAAUCGUGUGAUUUCUUGGUAAAUAACAGAUGCAGCACGGUAAAUGGUGAAAAAAUAAAUAUAUUUAUUUCUGGUGAAUAAAAUCUGUUUGUUUAUGCUUAUUCAGGUCUUUAUUGGUAUUCACCUGUUGCUCUUCAUAGCUCAUAUGUUUAUUAUUAUUAUU